AUGCAGCUGUGCCUUCCAUGGGCCCCAGAUUGGUUUCAGCCCAAAGCUUUGGGGUGCAAUUAUGCAGAGCAUGUGGCCUUGUAUGGCCGACUGAGUGUGAUGUUGUGGCUCUUGCUGUAUGGCGGUCUGGGAGGUUUGUUAGCUUGGGCCCUGCAACGGUGCCUUCAGGGUAAGCUGUGGCGUCCGGUGCAAGCUCUGCUGCUGUGUGCAGUUUGCUGCUUGCCCUGGGCUUUGGUGGCCUUCAGCUGGGAGUUGGCCCAUGAUCACAAUUGUUGGAACUCACCGAGAAUCUGUGGCAAGGGGAAGAAUAGGUAG